GAAUUUGAAAACUGGGUUUACCGCCUAUAUGGUUGGCUUUCCUUGAGGUUUGACACAUCGAGAGUUUCAAGUUUCCUAUAUUACGUGUGAUACCAAUUUAGUAGAUAAAAACACGUUAUUUUUUUGCAGUAACUUGUUCAAAAGCAUACUAAACGUUUGCCUUACGAGAAAAUAGGGUCAACCCUUGUAUGUGAGCCAUUUACCCUAGUUCAUUGCACUUCUCAGCAUGGAUUCAGAUUCUCCUCUUCAUGUCAGUAUCUUUAAACAGCCUAAGUCAGGCUCUAGGAAGAGACCUUUCAGUGUUGCUAACAGCAGCAUGUUGACAGAAUACUCAGCUGAGAGCUCUGAAGAUUACAACAUCCUGUCCUCUUUAGGAAUGAAGGAUCAAGAUAUUUUCCAGAGCCCUGAGAGCACCAAUCUCUUAUUGCAACAUGACAGUGAAGGAAUAGAAAAUGUAAAAGUUCCAACAGGCUCAAUCGCUGGUCAAUCACCAUACUUCAGUGUGAAUACCACCCCAAAAAAACCAACAGCUCAGGAUGUACAGGUUGACAAACCCACAGAUAAAGAAUUUGAACCAAAUACUCCCUCCAAGCAGCUCACCAUUUCAAAUGAACAAGUGCCUCCAAUACAACUCACCUCAGAGCCCGUGACUAAAUCAGACAAUGAGGAAGGAAACAAACCACGAAAAUUAAGAUCAGUUGGGGAAUUCACAGUGACUUCAUUGGACAAAGAAUAUCAAGAGUUAAUGGAUUUCCUCAAACAAGAGAGAGAACAAGACCAACUACUCUUUCUGAAAUGCUCUGAAGCUCUACGGAAUAAGACUGAAAACAUCAUUGAGAACUUGGAAAGUAUGAUAAAGGCUCGUUACGAAACUAUCGAUGAAAAUUUACGUUCAGUCAUACAUGAAUUUGAGAAAGAGUGGGAGACUUGUAGAAAACUGGAAGAAGAAUUUAGUACUUUGAGGAAUCAGAUAUCUUCAAUAAUGAACAACAUUUUGCAAGACCCAGGCUUGGAAUAAGAAGGAUGUUGUAUCUGGUAUCUGCAAUAGCAAAUUUUCGUUUGCGCAUUUUUACUUCGUUUGCGCAUUUUUACAAGUUUCCGCCUCUUGCAGGUCGACCAUAGACCAAUCGUUUCAAUUUGUCCUU